CCCUUCUGCGCUACCGUCUCUAGUAGCCGUUGACGGCUCUUGUAGUGACGGAUCAACCCCGCUCUGUAACAUUUUCUUUUUCUUUUUCAUUUGUUUUGUGGAAAAAGAAAAAGGAGUACAAGUAGCCGGCCAGCUAACGCUAACUGUUUUUUAUUCAGCGAUACAACCUCGAGACAAGUCGGGACAAGACCAGUCUCAAGGCUCACCAUACUCAAUGAGCGGACAGCGCAAUGUCAGAGCGCUCUGGGCAAACGGCAAAGGGGAAGGAUGGCAAAACCAAGUAUGCAUCUCUCAACCUGUUUGAAACCUACAAAGGAAAGAGCCUUGAAACACAGAAGCCAGUUGUUGCCCCUCGUCAUGGCUUGCAGUCUCUUGGUAAAGUGUCCUCUGCGCGGCGCAUGCCCCCCCCUGCCAACCUGCCCAGUCUGAAGGCGGAGAACAAAGGCAACGACCCCAACGUCACGCUCGUUCCCAAAGACGGCACAGGAUGGGCAAGCAAGCAGGAACAAGCAGACCCAAAGAGUACCGAUGCAUUGUCAGCACCGCAGCCGGAGUUGCAGCAGCCUGUGGCUUCACAGACGCCUGCACCGACCCAGUCGAGAACCCCGCCAGCUCAACCGGUAGUGCAAGAGGCCCCAGUUACAGCUUCGGCCGCAGGGGCAAGGUCCUGGGCUCAGGCCAGUGUUACACAUGGAGCACAAGGGGAUGGUGGAAAGGGAUCAAACCAACUGUCGCCAUUCUCUCGCGAGGAAUUUCCCACCCUGCAAGCGGCUGGCGACCAGGACAGAGUUGGCAGAGAACAGGCCACUGCCGAUCAGUGGUAUGGGCCCGGACCAAGCCUCCGCCCCCAGAACGUGACGAGUUGGCGGGACGGUGGGGGCCGAGGACUGGCGCCCACCCCGGCUGGGGAGGGGGUGGCGGAGGCUGGUGCUGGGGGAGCCCUGGUGAUGGAGGGGGCCGCCGGGGCCCCUCCCCUUCAGCAGCCGAACCCCUCGUCCCACGGGCCGCCUAGGAACCCCCCGGCCGGCAGCCCCGCCCUGCCACAGCCUCCUGUCGGACCCCAGUUCCCUGCCUACCGUGGAAUCAUGCCUCCCUUCAUGUAUCCGCCGUACCUGCCCUUCCCACCACCGUACGGCCCCCAGGGGCCCUACAGAUACCCACCGCCCAACGAGGCGCCCAGAUUCGCUCGUGGUCAGGGUGGGCCAGGCCCUGAUGGGCGGCCCCCUGGAGGUCCCCGGGGCAGUGGGGAAGCGGUGAAGCGGCCCUCCAUCCUCAAGCAGGACGACCUGAAGGAGCUGGACGAGUUGGACCAUGAUGGAGACGAGGGCUGGGCAGGGGCUCAUGAGGAGAUUGACUACUCCGCCAAGCUGAAGUUCAGCGAUGACGAAGGAGAGGAGGAUGGUGAAGAGGAGAGAAGCGAGAGCAGGAAUGGCACUCGAGAGCCACAGCAGCAGCGUGCUCAGGACGGCUCUGCCCCGACCUCACGCUCCCGAGCGUCCGACAGUGGAGGGGACUCCCGCCGCACACCCCCAGCCUCUGCUGCAGAUAGCCCCACACCCCCCUCCAGCAAGCCAGCCUGGGCCGAGGAGGGAGGUGGCAGCUGGGCCGGACAGGGCAACACCGGACCCUACCAGGGCCGUAGGUCUGGACUGGGUGGCCCUCGGGAGCAGCCCUCCCCCCCACCAGGGCCUCUCCUCGGACAGGGGCCUUACUCCUACUACCGACAGGACCGCUCGUCCAAUCAGACAGGCCCUCCAGGUCCUGUCCCCCUGGUGGCCCAGAAGUCCCCAGGUGCUCAUCAAGGCAGCGGUAGUAGCGGCGGUGGCCCCACUCCUCCGCCCCCCUCUGGCGGGCUCCUGCCCCAGCCGGGGGCGGGUGAAGACGAGGACGAGACGUGGCGCCAGCGGCGGAAACAGUCCUCCUCGGAGAUCUCAGCCGCCGUGGAGCGCGCCCGUCGCCGCCGCGAGGAAGAGGAGAGGCGCAUGGAGGAAGAGCGCCGGGCGGCGUGCGCCGAGAAGCUCAAGCGGCUCGACCAGAAGCAGCAGCAGCAACAGCAGCAGACUGUCAAGCCGGACGGCUCAGUUGCGGCCCCCGCUGCCCCUGCCAGUAGCCCCAGCCCCAGCCCCUCACUCUCUGCCUCCUCGCCCAACGUCAGUCAGCCCCCCUCGCCCUGCGUGGACCCCGAGGAGCCCCCGCUGUCCUCUGUACAGGCCGGCUCCACUGCCGGCAGUAACCGACAGAGGGCCGGCAGCAGCAGCAGCUACGACUCCAACACAGAGAGCCAGCCGGGUCCUCCACCACCAGUGUCCCAGCAGCAGCAACAACCGCAGCAACAACCACAGCUGCCUCCACAGAAGCUUCUGGAGGUCGCAGGGCCUGUGGACAACAAAGAGGACCCCCAGGGUGUACCUCACGUCCGCAGUGGAAGAAGUGGAGGAGGAGGAGAGGAUUCUGGGAAGGUGGAAAGCAUGGGGGGUGGCGCGGGUCGGCAGCCCAGCGGUCCGCCUGGUCAGGGCUACUCUAAAUACCAGAAGUCGCUGCCACCUCGCUUCCAGAGGCAGCAGCAGGAGCAGCUCAUGAAACAGCAGCAGCAGUGGCAGCAGCAGCAGCAGCACAGCCAGGCUUCCCAGGGCCAGCUGCAGUCUCAGCAGCAGGCUCCACCACAGGGCCCCGGGGCCCAAGGGAACGCGCCACAGGGCGGCCCCAAGCAGACCGGCCCGCCGCUCUACCAGCCCGGCUCCAUGGGCCGACCCCACGCGCCGCCCCUGCCCAUGAACUUUGACCCCCGCUGGAUGAUGAUGCCCUACAUGGACCCCAGGAUGAUGCAGGGCCGCCCCCCGCCCAUGGACUACUACCCGCCCAACAUGCACCCUUCUGGGCUCAUGGGGCGAGAGCGUUCCGACUCCGGAGGUUCUGGGUCGGACCAGUUUGACCGGCAGCAGCAGCAGCAGCAUGGGGGACCCCCUCAUCCCCACCGCGGGACACCCCCCAUGGAUCCGAAGCUGGCCUGGGGGCCCGAGGUGUUCCCCGUUGGAGGAGAAGGCCGAGGACUCAGCUCCCCGCUGAGGCAGAAGCAGGCCCUGGAUGAGGAGGACAACAUGGGCAAGGGGCCAAGGAGUGACACUCCUCCCGUCCGAGGCAGGGAUGGCGGAUCUGGCCCGAUACAGCAGCCUGGCAUCUCCCCCAACUCUCCCUCUGGCUCGUCCAAUCAGACGCCGCCACCCGUGGGCUCCCAGGUUGGCGGACCCCACCAUCAGCCCUUCAUGGGGGGCCGAGGAAACUACAGCGGCUUCCCCGACGGUGGAUCCCGAAUGGCUGCGCACCAGCAGCAGCAGCAGCAGCAGCAGAGGGGUAACAGUGGAGGGUCCCUGCACGGCUUCGGUCACCAGGACGAGGGGCCCCCUCGUGGGGGUCAGCAGCAGGGUCAGAUCUGGGGCGCUCCGCACCCCCACUACGACCGCAACGGCCGCACAGACCUCUCUCCUCUGGAGAACAGUGGCCACCUCCAGCAGCAGCAGCAGCAGCAGCACCAUCACCACCACCCCGGGCAUCACCCGCACUUCUCCCUGUACCCCCACAAGCAGGAGAACGGGCGCGGUGAGCGCGAGCGUGUAGGGGAGCCCAAGAAGAGCAACCCCUCACCCCCGCUCCACCAGCCGUCCCUCUCCUCCUCCUGCUCCUCCUCAUCCUCGUCAUCCUCUGCCAGGGAGGACGGCAGUGGGAAGCAGCAGCAGCAGCAGCAGCAGCCCCAACAGCAACCCCAGCAUCAGCAACCGCAGGCCCCACAACCAGAGCAUGACGCCACGGUUGGGCAUGGCAGCAGCAGCGGUGGUGGUGGUGGAGGUGGCGGUGGCCGGAAAGGGGAUAAGAUGCCCCCCAACGCCCACUUCUCUCAGUCCCAGCAUGCUCAGCAACCGCAGCAGCACCCCAAAGGCGGCCAGCGUGGCCGCGACCACAAGACUGAGACCCAGUGGGGCCCGCGACCAGGAAGCAGCGCACCGGGCGGAGGAGGUUCCCAGCACGGCAGAAAGGGAAACGCUGGACCGGGCGCCAACGUGGGAGGGGAGCACUCGGCAAACGCUUCCGCCGACAGCAAGUCAUCUGCGCAGGGAGGGGGCGCCAACUUUAACAAGAGGGCAGGCCCGAUCAAGAGGCCAGUGCUGAAGGAGAUGAAGAGGGAGGGCGGAGAAGGGGAAGGCGGGGAGAAGACCGCUGUAGGAUCGGGGAAAGAGAAGGAGCAAGAUGGCGGCCCGUUAGCAAACAAGCAGGAUCCAGCCACCAACUCUCAGACGUCAUCCACCAACUCCGGCAAGGAUGAAUCUGGCCCAGGCGGCAAGCCCAGGAACGGUGGCGGCAAGGAGCGAGCACCUGGAGGCAAGGGCCCCAAAGAUGGCGACGGCUCGGCCCCCGGCCAGGGCGGCUCCGCUCCGCCCUCCAGGAGGGACCGCGAGCGCUCACAUGAGGGAGUCGGCGGGCCCGCCACGUUCCACCCCUCCGCCUCCAGGGGCAGUCGGGCGACCCGUGCCCGUGGUGAAUUCUAUGGACGCGGACGUGGGUACCGGGGCUCCUACGCAGGUGGCGGUGCCGGUGGUGGUGGCGGCAGCAGCAGGGGCCGAGCAGGCGGCAGGAGCAGCCGGGACUUCCGGGCGUCGGCCAACAGCGGCUACCACCAGGAAUAUAACAAAAACGAUGGGCCGCGCGGCGGCGGCAGACACGGGCAGCUGAGCUCUCAGCACAACCCGGCGCGCGCCCGCAACCGCAGCGAGACGCGCAGCGAGGGCUCCGAGUACGAGGAGAUCCCCAAACGCAGGAGGCAGCGCGGGUCCGAGACGGGCAGCGAGAGUGGCGCCAGCGAGCACUCGGAGAAGGAGGAGCAGCAGCAGCGCAAGCCCAGCGCCAAGAACGGCACCGGCCCCGAGAAUGCCGUGUCCAGCGGCGGGCAGUCAGCCCCACCCAGGGGCUCACAGGCACGGGUGUUCACCCCUCGAGGAGUGCCCUCCCGUAGGGGCCGGGGAGGAGGAGGCACCGGAGGAGGCAUCUACCGCAGCGGUGGUGGAGGAGGGGGAGGCAUGGCCGGAGGUCACCGCUCGGCCUCUGGGUCGGCAUCCUCUCACAGCUGGUCUGCCAAGUCCUCGGCGACCGUCCGCAAGCAGCAGGCCCCUGCCAACCCCUCACCCCCUAAAGACUCAGGUCGCACCAGUGGGGGAGACAAGAAGGAGAAAGCCGGUGGUGGUGGAGGUGAGAACCAGUCUCAGAGCCAGGCCGCUAACCCGGCUCAGUCAGGGCAGGCUGCCACCGCGGUGCCCCCUCCGCAGAGCUCCACCGAGAACGGGGGUGUCGUGGGCCAACCUCCGUCGGCCAACCCCGCCACCAACUCCACAGGGACCCCGCCGCAGUCGCUCCCGGGUCAGGACGGCCGUGGAACGUUCCCACCGCGGAACUUUGAGCGCCCGCCCCGACGCCGUCGCCACGGUCGCUCGCAGCAUCAGCAGGACAAGCCACCCCGUUUCCGCCGGCUCAAGCAGGAGAGGGAGAACGCCGCACGCAUCAACGGCAGCACGGGGCAACACCGCUCCUCCUCGCCUGCUGAGACAGAUGGCCCCGGCAACCCCAAUGCUGCCGUUCCCAAUGCUAACCACAACUCCACAACCACCAACGCCACCACCAACAACAGCGGCAGUGGCCAUGUUGGGGGUAGUGGUGGUGGCAGCGGCAGCAGUCUGAACUUAAACAGCCACCACCACCAUCACUACAACCAGAGCAACGCGUCCCAGAAUCACCCACAGCACCGACACAACCACAACCCGGCCGGGGGCGCCAAGUCCCCCGACGUCUCCAACCAGAACUCGGACCACGCCAACGAGGAGUGGGAGACCGCCUCGGAGAGCAGUGACUUCACAGAGUUCCGCGAGCGAGAGGCAGGAGGCGGCGGCGGCAAGUCAUACCCCUCCCACCACCACCACCAGCACCACCACCAGCACCACCCUCCAGGGCGCGGUGGAGGAGGUGGCGGUGGCGAGCGAGACCUGUCCUCCAAAGAGGCGGCCGGAAACAAGAGGAGCUUCUCCAGCCAGCGGCCCGGCAUGGAUCGGCAGAACCGGCGUGUUGGCGCCGGCGGUGGCGGUGGAGGAAGAGGUCCCCGGGGGCCGCCCGGCGGUGGUGGUGGAGGAGGCGGAGGCAUGGGUGGGGCGGGCAACGGAGGAGCCAGUCGCGGCGAGAGGCGCGGCAACUGGCCCUCCCCUAAAAACAGGAAGUAAUUUUUUUUUUCUUUUUGUUACUUUUGUUUUGUUUUGGAGAAUUUUUGGAAACAUUUCAAAUGCAUCCUGUGUCUCUUCCCCUUUCCUACCCUGAUAUCUUUCUGCCCCUUUUUCGUUUCCAUCAACUCACUGUUGUUUUCUUUCCUCAACCCUAACAUGCUAGCACAUUAUUGUACAAUACAUAGUGACGGAGACCGUGUACUUACUCAUUCUUGAACCCUACCUGCCCCUUCUCUGUGUUGCUUUCUCUCUCACUGCUGUCUCCCCCCAACCCUUUUGUAGAUCCAUGCUCUGCUCCCCCUCUCCCCCACCCCCUACAGCAAUCACCCCACCCCAGCCUACCCCUCUCUGGCCUGGCUCUUGAUUAGAUUUUACAGACACUUCAUUUUAAAACUCGAGCAUCUGUUGACUGAAGCUACAAACGUUCAAACGAGAUCCACAACAGUCGCACGUUUGCAUUUAACAAGCACAAGAUUGCAUUGAACCCAGUCCAGUGAGAGUGCCGAGCCCGUGUCGGAGGGAGGUGGCUGGACAAGGCUCAGUUCAGAUACACGAAGACGGGGUCAAAGGCCACAAUGAACUUUUGUAUUGUUACCACAGGGUGGAUGGACUGAGGUCAUCAAACUAGCAGGGGAGUGGGUGGGGGGUGCAGACCUGCCGAUUUUUUUCUCUACAAGAGUGGUUGGGAAAUGGAGGUUACCGUUUUAUCGUGAACAAUUGUACCAUAGGCCUGUUUUGUUUGUCUCCCCUCAUGUUGUGGGGAAUUCUUUAAUAUUUUUUUCUUCCUACCCUCCUGUGUUCAUUGUUCUUUUUCUUUCCACCCUUAGAAGAGUUAGGGCUGUGUACUUAUUUCUCUUCUUUUCUGCAAGGCAGAUCAUUUAUUAAAAAACACCUUUUUAUACAAACCCAGCCCUUUCUCGCCGUUAUUUUUCUUUUUGUUUUGGGUCUUUCAACAAGUACAUCAUUACUUACUGUGACUACCAACCCCACAAAGAACUACUGCUCACUUCCCCACUCACACUGAUUCUGUCUCUAACGUCAACGUCCUUGCUGCUCUGUCCUACAAAUAUACGGUGUGAUUUCCUCUUUUUAGGGUUUGGGGGAGACUCCUCCGGUGUUAUCUGUUUUGACUGAUGAAGCCUGUUUUUGUUUAUUUUUGUUUUGUUUUUGUUUGCCAGCCUCAGCGUAGCACUCUAGUUUUCUUGACACAAACAUUUGAGUACACUUUCAUUCAACGAGGAAAUGUCUUGUCCUCGAGCAAUGGCAUGCAAAAAAGGUGACUGAAUUGAUGGCUUAAAAAGGCUUUAAGAGGUUUUUUUUUCCCCUCUCAACUCAUUUUCCGAGGCAGUUUUUCCCCUUUUUUUUUUUUUUUUUUUUUUUUUUUUUUUUGUCUUCGGAGAAUGGGUCUUGAGUAUUCCUGUCAAUAUUGUUAUGAUUAGAUACAUGCACAGUUAUUUGUUAUCCAUAACAGCUUAAUAGUAAGCACUCCUAGAAUAAAGCAAACUGUUAUGGUGUUUCUUUGGGGGGGGUGGGGUCCUCCCUGCCCCUCUAACCCUCUCCUCUCUCCCCCUCUCCCCCCUGCCCCUCUCCCCCUUAAUGCAUGCCCUCACAAUGUUGGAUAGUGCAGCAGGUGUCAUAACCCCUCUCUGCAGGGGCCAGAGAACUGCUGGCCACUGUUGCUGUUGUUGAGUGUUUUUGGCUCUGCCGUUGUGUACAUAUAAUACGGGAGGAGGAGGAGGUGGCGGCUCUCUGCUUGGGUGGUGCGGCUCCUGCCAUAAGUGUCUACAGGGUGAACAAAACAGCUCUGUUUAAAAAAAACAAACAAAAAACUUUCCACUAAGUGUUUCAUAUUCCAUAGUCUUCAACUUCAUGGGCCUGCUGUGGAAGUCCAGCAGAUGUGAAAGUUCUAUAUAUAUAUAUUAUAUAUCCUCAAAACUGACCCUUUCUGUUCUUUUCCUUUAUUGAUGAAAUUUGCUUACUUUCCUGUGAGUGUUACGGAGCUGUUCAAGGGACGUUGAUGAAACCCAAAUGUUGACAAAAAACACUGACAAACUUCUACACGGUAACUCCGCCUUAGGGCUCAGCUCAGAGGAUUUCCAAAGUCUAAAAGGGCAUCAUAAACAAUUGAGAAUACAUUUUUUUUUCUUUGUUCCUCAAAAUUGUAUCAAUAUCACACUGCUGUAAGUUGGGGUUUGUCUGUGUACUGGAGCUUCUGUGACGUCGAGUAGGGUUUACGAAUGAGUGUGCGCAUGGGCAGUUUUCUCAACUCGUGUGACGUUCCCCCCCUCGUCAAGGCAGAGGUCGUAUGCACACGUUUAAAAAUGUUCUUUUGUUUCUGCCAUAUUAGGAUACAAUUGUACCACUCACCUUUGCAUACAUUCACGUAUAUACAUUGAAGUGUGUGUAUAUGUUUAUCCAAAUGAAGUACUUGCAGUGGGGUAACUUAGCCAAUUGUUUGGUCAUCAAGGAUUUCCCCCCUCAUUUUAUACAUUACGGAUAAAAUACAAAAUGGGGUGGGUAUCUAUUUUCCUUUUUAACACUGUUUUACCCAUGCAUGAACACAUCUAUGGAUGCAGCAGCUUAAGGAGCCUGUCAUACAUUGGUAGCCAUAUUACUCGGGGUGGGGUGGGGGGCUCUUAACUGAUUCCUUCAUCCCUCGUUAACUUUUAUCUAUUGACGUGGUCAUAUUGUAUGUACCCAUGUUUAAAUAAAAAAGUAAAAUAAAAUAAAAAUGUAUUCCUUGAAAUACUCCAAGAUUGUACUAUAUUUCCAGCAUUACCAAGGUACCCUGGAGUGGUUGAAGCUGUUAGGCUAUAACUGGUUUAUUAUUGGAACCGUAAUAUACACACAUGUAUGUAUAUUGGUAUGUAUCUAAGUUUGUCUACCCCAACUUACAUUCCCACAAACAAAUGUUGCCAUUUUAAGUUCAAGGGAGCAAUGUACAAGCAGAGAAGUGUCUUAUUAUAAUAAAAGUAUACAAAGAAAAAAGUUAAUAAAUUUUUGUUUUACUGGAA